AUUCCACAACCGCUCACUUUACUGGAGACGGUUGAGAGAACAAGAUGUCCUCUUGCUGUUGUCCUACUUUGAGUUGCUCUGGGCUCUGGAGAGUCCAGAGUGAGAGAUGUUCACGUAGCUGUCGACGUCAGCUCGGCCCUCUUCUCCGACGUUUCUGCUUAUGUGGCAGGAGACCUCAACAGAGCUGCACCCAGGAGGUCUUGGAAGAGAUGGUCUCUGGCUUCAACUAUUCCAGCUCCCUAGACAAUGAUCUGGUGCUCCCGACAAACAGGGAUCGGUGCUGCUCUGAGCAAUCAACCCUAUCCGUGAGUGAGGCCAGGACCAUGCUGACGCUCAGAGAAGGGAGAAUGGAUGAUUUUCUACAGUCCUUGGUGCCAUCCUUCCAGGACAGAAGCCUCAUCAUCAACCCAGUCCUUUCUUGUCUCUACCAAGUGUUCACCACAGCCCAACGAGUCCUGGGCCAGCAAUUCUCUAGCACCCUCUCUCCCAUCUCGGGGACCUGGCCUGACCGCAAUCUGCAGGACACCUGGCCGUCCCUGCACCGGGCCUGCUUCGAUGUACAGGAGUCCUGGGUGCAGGCAAACCUGUAUGCCCUGUAUUGCCAUGCCCCCAUUAUCGUGAUGCCACGGCAACUUCUGCAGCUCACGGAGGCAGACGCAGAGUCAGAGGUGCCAGCUCCACGGCUCCUUCCGGCGUCUCCUCCGUCGGCUCCUCCAGACCUGAAACAAGAGCUGGUGCCUUCCUCACGUGUACCGGGUCCUGAACUGCAGUCAGUUCCACCACCAGCCUUCGUGGGGCCUGACACUCCUUCCCUAAGCACAAAGACGGAGCCACCUCCAGCCCCAGAGGCCACCUGCCACUGGGGAACCCCCGCGCACCAGCGGCAUGAGGAGCAGCCUGGGCUCAUGGCCUUCCCUCCCAAGCUGGUGGCAGAGCAGUUGACCUCCAUAGACGCGGAUCUUUUCAAGAAGGUGCAGCCCCAACAGUGCCUGGGCUCCAUCUGGUCCAAGAGAAAUGAGCCUGGAUAUGAGCACCGGACAUGCACAGUCAGUGCCACCGUCACCCAGUUCAACAACGUGGCCAACUGCGUCAUCACCACCUGCCUUGGCAACGCACGCAUGACGGCCCGGGACAGGGCGGAGGUGGUGGAGCACUGGAUCAAGGUGGCCAAGGCCUGCCGAACCUUACGGAACUACUCCUCCCUGCACGCCAUCCUCUCGGCUCUGCAGAGUGUCUCAAUUCACCGCCUGAAGAACACAUGGGCCAAAGUUUCCAGGAAGAAGAUUCAAGCAUUUGAAAAACUGUGCUCCCAGGACAAUCCCCAGAGCAGGAACCUGCUUCUCAAGGUAGUAUGGGAGGUGUUGGGAUAGAAAGAGAGGCGGCGUGGGAGCAACGGUGUCCUACGUGACUGAAUUAGGGACUGGCCCGGAGCAUUCCUUCGGCGAGUGAAGCCUUUGGCAUGAACGUGGACGCAGCCUGGGGUGAAAAUCCACCAGGGGUGGAAAAGCAGCUGCUGCUCAACCAGGAUCCCUGAGCUGGACCCUCGCGCUCCCUGUCGCCAGCCGGUCCCGAUGGGGGCCUCUCCCGAACUGGAGAGCCCAGAGGACAGGCCUGCGCCCAGCGAGGGGUUUGAAUGGGAUGAGGGCCCCAACGGGGAUGGUAGGAAUAGGACCCUGGGUCCUCGGGAGACCGAGGGAGGGAGCUGGAAUUCGCCCCUUUCCCAGUGAGGAACCAGGCUCAGGGAGGCCAGGCUGCAAGCUCCAGGUCACACAGGGAGUGAAUGCUGGAGCUGAGGUUGUUCUGGAAUCCCUCACGGGAGGCUGAAGGAGGACGUCGCGGCUACCCUCUGCUUCUGGUCGAUGUCCAGGGUGUGAGGACCGGCCGGCUAAGCUUGGAGCCCUGGGGAUCAACAUGCAGACAGCAUGGAAGAGGCGGCAGCAGCAGCAGGUGAGCGAGCCCCGGAUCCGUGGCCUCGAGCCCAGAGGAGAGGGUUCUCCCCGGAGAGCUGGAAGGCCCCAAAUCAAGGCAGGUGGGGCCGUCCAACUCCAGCUCUGCCUCCCGUAGCCACAGCUUCGACAACCCUUCUUUCGAGGUGACCCGGAGGAGGGUCUAUACAGCUGGAAACAAUGU